AUGGCCGACCGGAUCCAAGUGCUGGAGGAGCUCCAGUGCAUCACUUGCUACGAUUGUCUGUACAUCGAUCCUGGGCAUUGCCUCUGCCCUUCUUGUGUUGGUUUCAUGACGAGGAAUCGGUCCGUGGGCCGCAGGGCAAAAACCCGAAGCGGGACCAAAGGGGGCGCCUUCCAAGCGGCCAUCGCUUCGUUCGCGCGAUACCAACAGCUCCACCACAUGGCCAACCAAAGUCAUGGUGAACUUUGUCAUGUGGAAUAUGGAGCGCACCUCGACGAUCGAGGACGCCCCCGGGCAGCCAUCCGCGAACAACCAAAGGAGCCUGGACUCGGCGACGAGGGUGGUAAACCUUCAUGCGACAGAUGA